UUAGCGUAUUUAGUCAAAUAUAAUUUUAUAGUUAUGUACAUAAAAUAUAUGUAUAAAAAGAUUUGAAAACAAGGAAGAAAUAAAAUAGUUCUCUUCAUAUAUCUUGACUUCUCAGAUCUGGUACGCUGCACACGCAGCCAUUGCAUGUUGCAGACCCGCGCACAAUUAAUCGCAAGCAAUCGAUAUAUUUGAUUGAACAUCACUAAUUGAAUAGCGCCUCAGCCGGAAUGGCGAUGUAAUUUUUCGUCAAUAAUUUUCACAAAGUUUGCUGCAAAAGUGUAUCAGACAAGUUUGUACACCAAUUUUUGGUGGCCUCCAACUCGUCUGUCCACUGUCCACUGUACUCUCGGUGUGUGUGUGUGUGUACGAUUGUGCCAUGGCCACUGCGGAGCAGUUUGUUGCAGCCGCCUUACAGGGUGCUGCCAAUCCCAAUCACGAAAUUGUGCAAAAAGCUGAAGCACAGCUCGCCGAAUGGGAGCAACAGCCAGGCUUCUUUCCUAUAUUGGCGCGUCUCAGCAUGAAGCUGCAAGAUGACAGCGAUGCAGCAGCUUCUGCUGCCUCCGCUGCUGCUGUAGCUGCAACGCUAAGCGAUUCAGUAAAAAUUCGAUGGAUGGCAGCUGUCUAUUUGAAGAAUGGCAUUGAACGCUACUGGCGUCACAAUUCUCGCCAGGAGCUGGCCCAGGAGCAGAAACAGCAAAUACGUGAAAUAUUGCUGCAGCAUUACAAUGCUGAAGAUGUGCCCCAAGUGGCGUUGCAGGUGGCCGUUCUACUCAGUAAAAUUGCACGCAUUGAUUGUUGGCCCGAGCUCUUACCCACGCUAAUGAAACAGUUGCAAGCGUGCAGUGAAUCACCUGCGCAGCAGCAGCGGACGCUGCUUGUUCUCCACUACGUGAUCAAGGCACUGGCAUCACGUCGCCUGAUGGCCGAGAAACGUGCCUUUGAGGAGCUCUCGGCGCAAAUCUUUAGCUAUAUGGCUUGGAAUAUUUGGGCAACGUUGACUACGCGAUUUUUACAGCUGCAGAAGACAGACCCAGCGGCCCAUAGUUGCCUGCAACGUGCUUAUAUAGCCAUGCGUUCGCUAAGGAAGUUGCUCAUCUACGGCUGUGGAAGCAAGCCCUAUAAGUCCAGCGAUCAUAUGAAUUUCAUAGAGCAGCUUUUUGAGCGACUGCGACAGUGCCUUGAACUGCGGUACGAAUUGCGAUUGCGUUCAACGGACAAUCAGCAGCUAAUUAAUGACCUAGAACGUUUCAUAUUGAAGAUGAUGAAGACACUGAAUGAGUUCAUGGACAAGUACUCGUUGUCCUUUGCUCGAUUCGUGCCUGUGGCAUUGGAGUUUAGCUUUCAUUAUGUGUUCCACGAAGGCACCGCCCUCAUCUUCGAUGCAGGAGAACGCAUUAAUUUCAGCAACUUUGUCAUACAGGCCAUAAAUAUGUUGAAGUGCAUCAUGAUGAGCGGCAAUGAUACCAUUACGCAGGAUCAAACGGCGAAUACUCUGGAGGAUGAGCUGCUGGCGACAGCGGCGCAAACGCAGAGCAAAUUUUUUAGUGUCGAACGUGUCACAUAUUUGUGUGAGAAAAUUGUCACACAUUAUUUUCUGCUAACGCCCGAGGAGCUGGCUGAAUGGCAGCAGGAUCCGGAGAGCUAUGGCCACGACGAUGGUGGCGGCGAUGCCUGGAAAUAUGAACUGCGUCCCUGUGUUGAAUCAUUGUACUUCACCUGCUUUACCCAACACUCGAAUGUCAUGAUCAACGAAGUCUUGAAGUUUGUGCGUCGCGCCCAGCAGCUGCAGCUGACGCAGGACUCUGAACUGAAGCCCAUAUUGUUAAAGGAUGCCAUUUACAAUGCUGUCGGCCAGGCAUCAUUUCACUUUUUUAACAAACUCGACUUUGGCUCGUGGCUGACCUCGCAGCUGCUCGCCGAACUGCGCAUCGAGGCCUCGAACUUUCGCAUCCUGCGUCGUCGCAUCAUUUGGCUUGUGGGUAAUUGGGUCGGCGUUCAGCUGCCACGCGAGCUACGUCCGCUGGCCUAUGAGGCGUGUCUGCAUCUGUUGCGCCCGGAGGAGGAUAUGCCCAUACGCUUGGCAGCCGCUCGCACCUUGAAUCUGCUUAUCGAUGACUUUGAAUUUAUGCCCGAGGCCUUUCAUCCAUAUUUCGCUGCCUUGUUCGAGGCACUUUUCCUUCUGUUACGCGAAGCUGCCGCCUGCGAUACGAAGAUCGUUGUCCUGGGUACUAUGACGCUGCUCGUGGAGAAAAUGAGUGAAUACAUUGAGCCGCAGGCCUUGCAAUUUAUUGCCUAUUUGCCUCUGCUGUGGCGCGAGAGCGAGGAGCACGAGUAUAAUAUGCUCAGAUGCGCCAUCAUUGGCACUCUGGAGCAGCUCGUGCGAACCAUUCGCGAUGUCCCCGAGAGCAUGAAGCCGUUCCUCUACAGCGUCAUUGAGCUGAGCACUGAUUUACAGCAACGCUCUCACGUCUACCUCAUAGAGGAUGGGAUCAUGCUGUGGCUGGCGGUAAUUGGCAACUCGACUGCGUUGACUCCCGAGCUGCUGCGGCUCUGCGAUCAUCUGCUGCCCAUCAUUGAGAUGUCCUCGGAGAAUCUGCGCACAGUGCUUCAGCUAAUACACGCAUACAUAUUGCUUGACGCGCAUGCCUAUUUGAGUCGCUACGGCGAGGGUUUUGUGACGUAUUGUGUGCGCUCCUUUGAAGAUAUACGUACGGAGGGCAUCAUCGCCAUGUUGCGCAUCUUUGAGACGUGCUUGAAGACGGAUGCGACGAUGGGUUUGCGGCUGGUGCGACCCGCUUUGCCCUUUGUCUUCCAGCAGGUGUGUCUCAAGCAGGAAUAUCCAAUGACUAUGAGCUGGUAUUUGACUUUGUUGGCACGAACCCUGCUGAUCGAUCAGGCGGUGUUUAUGUCUGUGGUGCAGGAGUUGCCACAGACGGACGCACUGGCACGCAUCUUGGAUGUGUGGAUAGAGAUGUUUCCACUCGUAGCCGAUACGCAUGCGGAGAAGAGGAAGCUGUUUUGUCUGGCGUUCGCUUCGAUUUUUGGGAACAAUGAGCUGCUGCUGGCGCGCUUCCCGCACAUCCUGCAGCUGGUGGAGGAGACGCUCGGCGAGGUGAUGGACAAGCAAUAUGCCGCUGCAGAUGAGGCCGCUGACAAGGCGACGCCGAGAUAUUACGAUUCUCUGGUCAUACACGACGAGCACGAGCUGGAGGAGUUUCAGCCGCAGUUAUACGAUGACUUCCAUUCAAAGACCUAUCACGACGACAGGCAUCGCCAGCUGGUGCUCAAGGAUCCCGUUUAUAAGAUACCCCUAACCGAAUACCUCAAAUGGCAGCUGCAACAUUUGCAAUCCCUAUUGGGCCCCGCCCGCUACGAACAGCUAAUGCACGCCGUUUGCCCCGAGGUCCUCGAGAAGAUUAACAUGUACAUAGAGCAAACGGUGCCAAAGGCGUGCGUAAUGUGUGCCAGCGGCGGCAACGGCGGCGGCGGCGGCGAUGAUAGCGAAACGUUGGUCACCGAUUCCAACAACUGCAACACGCUCGACUGAUGCGGCAAUCAAGUCCUCGUUCACAGCUGUGCUUCGAAAGCUUUCAAAACAACAGUCUUUAAGUUA